CCUCGGUUUUGCACAAGCCGGCCUUGAAAUCAGAAACUCCGAGAGCGUGUGCUCGGCGACCGCGGGCUUGGCCAGAGGCGCGCGCUCGGCGCCCGGCGCCCCCAGCCCCACGCGCGCUGGGCGGGCGCCAUGGAGGAGGGCUCCAGCUCGCCCGUGUCCCCCGUGGACAGCCUGGGCACCAGCGAGGAGGAGCUCGAGCGGCACCCGACCCCCGGCAAGCGCGGCAAGAAGGGCAGCCCGAGCGCGCAGUCCUUCGAGGAGCUGCAGAGCCAGCGCAUCCUGGCCAACGUGCGCGAGCGCCAGCGCACCCAGUCGCUCAACGAGGCCUUCGCCGCGCUGCGCAAGAUCAUCCCCACGCUGCCUUCGGACAAGCUCAGCAAGAUCCAGACGCUGAAGCUGGCCGCCAGGUACAUAGACUUCCUCUACCAGGUCCUGCAGAGCGACGAGAUGGACAAUAAGAUGACCAGCUGCAGCUACGUGGCCCACGAGCGCCUCAGCUACGCCUUCUCCGUGUGGCGCAUGGAGGGCGCGUGGUCCAUGUCCGCCUCCCACUAGCGCCGCGCCACCCACGUCCG